ACUUCAGUGUUGUAAAUCGGGGUGAAAGAUUUUAAGUAUCAAGCAACACCGGCCAAGAAAAGUUUUAUUUGACAUUUCGCAGUGGAGUAGUGCCCAUAGUGAACGUGUGUGUAGUUUAAAACAAAAUAUUUAUUUUUAUGUCGUGAUUGUGAGAAAUCCAGCACAAAUCAAUGGCGAUGGCAACAGCGACUGCCACGAUGGAGGCGUCACAGAGCCUCAUCCAGACCGAGUCCAGGGUGCAGAGGAGUUACCAGGAGGUACAGGUCACGGAACAGAGGCAGGUGACGGAGCAGAGACAGGUGUCUGAACGGUCACUGAAGAAGAAGAGUAAGAGUAGGAGGCACAAGGACGAAGGAACCAUAUCUGUGUCUAAAAGCUCCGAAAAACUAUACAAGAAGAUGAAAGCGGCGGCGGACGGGGAAUCGAACCCGCAGUGCGAGAAAUGCGCGCGGCCCGUCUACGCCAUGGAACGAAUUAAAGCGGAGAGACGCGUAUGGCACAAGGAGUGCUUCAGAUGCGUGCAGUGCAAUAAACAACUCACAGUGGAAACAUAUCAGAGUGACCAUACAACGUUGUACUGUAAACCGCACUUCAAACAACUGUUCGAGCCCAAACCAGUGGAUGAGGAUGAUACGGAUGCAGCCCUUCCGAAGAAGCACCAAAUGAUUAUCUGUGAAAGUAAUCCCGUCGAGCUGCCGCCAGAUGUCGUUAGAGCAUCAGACAAACCAGAUCUGGGGUUAGAAGAGCUGUCGCAACUGGAUGUCAAGUCGCGUUUUGAAGUAUUUGAACGAAAAAGCAAAAGCACCGAGGAACCGCCGCCAGCGGAGCCCCGCGCGCCGCGGGAGAAGAGCUCGGCCCUGCUGUCCAAGUUAGCCAGAUUUAAAGCAAAGGGCAUGGACAUCGGCGUAUCUGACGAAUACCUGAACGGCGUACCAGUGGAGGAGAGCUCCAGCGAGCCCGAGGAUGAAGAAGACGAAGACUCCGUGCUGCGCAAGUCGUACAAGCACACAGCGAAUAAGGAGCAGCCGGUAUCGUUUUGCAAUAUGAGCGAGAUAGUGGGCAAGUUCGAGAGCGGCCAGCACGCGGCCUCCGAGCGGCACCGGGAGCGCAAGCAGGAGAUACAGAACAUACGCAGCCGCCUGUUCAUGGGCAAGCAAGCUAAAAUUAAAGAAAUGUAUGAACAGUCCGUCCUGCAAAGUGAACAAGGCGUGACGUCGGCGGACAAGGUAGGCCGCGAGCUGGAGCUGGACGCGGACCGGGCACGUGCCAUCAAGCAGCGCUUCGAGAACGGACACGCCUUCAACGACGAGAACCAGCCGCCGCGCCACCGCGACAUCGACGACCGCACGCUUUUCAACGAAGGUAUUGGCAAGAAAUCUCGCUCCAUCUUCUUGGAGCUCGACGCCAAUGCUAAGAACGUGUCGCCUACAUCCCCACCGCCACAGGAGCCGCCCAAACGGAAGGAGCUGGCCUUCGUGCCCAAGGACGUGGUCCGCGCGGCGGACAAGAUCGAGGAGGUGAAGAUAGAGACGGCAGACAUCUCGGACCGGUUCAAGUUCUUCGAGACGUACAAGCCGGAGACCAAGCGCAAGGAGUUCCGCAUGACGCCGCCCCGGCAGACCCAGCGAGCCAAGUCGCCGUCACCCGAGGUGUACCACGAGCCCAGCGUGGUCCGCAGCGACGAGCCGGCCGCCGACACCGGCCUCGCGGCAGACAGGCACACCGCCUCCAGGAUGAUAUCCGUCUUCCGCCAGAUGGAAGAGCAGCUGCACAAGCAGGAGGAGAACCAGGGCCCAAAACCACUGAAACGGUUUACUCCCCCACCGCCUGGGGAAAACAACCGUCACGUGGACUCCUCCGAGGAAGAAUAUAGCUCUGAGGAGUACGAGGAGGACAGCGAGGAGGAGCGGAGGAGGCUGUACCUGGAGGCGAGGCAGCGGGACGAGGCACUCAAACAGGCGCAGCAACUGGCCCGCACGACCAGUUUCCGUGACCGGUUCGAGCACUGGCCCGAGUCGGAGCCUCGCUCACAGCCCGCCUCGCGUCUCCAGCACGACUUCCGGGAGACCAGGGACUCCAGAGAUGAAGAUGAAGAUGGGGAGUCGCAGCUGGAGACCGCCAAGAGUCUUCGGGAGAAAUUCGAGAAUAUGAAAGUUCAGCAGACGAGCGUCACGAAAACCUUCGUGCCUAAAGUUAAUAGAUUCGUGUGACCGCCUCCGCGAGUCCGCGACUAUCUACCACCAUUACCAAAGCGUUUUAACCCUUCAAGUUGUAAAGUUAACAUGACUUGUCUUUAUAUAAUCCUAAUACAAAAUGGUUGUAAGUUGUAAUCCCGAAUUUUUAAUAUAGUUUUUAAAUAAAUAUAUAUAUUUAUUUAUAUGGGACUGAUUUAGUUGUUGCAUUUUGCGGAACAUGUGCCUUAGACGUGCAAUUGACGUAUAGAAAGUUUGUUAUUCGACAACUUUAUAUAUUUAUUUUUAUAUUGGGGUCGAUUCUGAAGCGCCAUCUGUCUAAAUCUAUAUCAAAUAUAUCAUAUCAUAUUAAUCUAUAGCUAACGGUACACCUGAUGGAGAGUGGUUACUGUCGCCUAUACACAUGAGCAGUACCUUGGACAUAUCAGAGUAUACUGUUUCGUCCAUGAUACUCCUUAUGCGUUACCAAUCCUGGAGACUCAGGUGUUCUGGGGAUUCCUCUGUACCGUUUCAAACCGAAACACAGCCAUGCAAACACAACUACUUCACGGUAGAAAUACGAAUGGGACAGAGAUGGCCAAGCAAAAGCGACUUUUGUACAAAGUCUCCCUCUGGUAAGGUCUCUCUUUCUUUACAUAUUUUUUUUUGUGUAGUUUCUUUAUUAUAAUUUUUAAUCAUUUUUAACCCCUGUCUGGGAGUUGUCAUAUAUUUUAUGAAAUAAAGUUUUUCUUCUUUUUUUCUUCUUUCUAAAAUUGAAAUUUCAAUUGUCUAUAUCGAAGUAAAAUCUUUAUUGUAAGGUCCAGUAUGAACAAAUUUUUUAAUAGAAUUAAAAAUAUAAUUUUCCUGGUCCACAGAACAGCAAUUGCAUGAAAUUAUCAACUUAUUAAAUUAAAAUAUAAGUUUAGAGGAAUGUCGCUUCAGAAUUGGUCCCAUUAUUGACUCAUUGGUAUAUUAAAAUAAGCACUUAUAUAGAUAGAGUGUCUCCAUACAAAUGCUUCGAGAAAAACGGGUCAACUUUUUCAUACAAUUUUGCGUGAUAAAUAGUUAGUUAUGAGUGAUUCCUUUAUAACUUCUAUAUUUAUUUUGUUUUAUAAUUUUUGCAUCUUUUUAAUGAGUAAAAAUUCAUUUUAUUUAUUUAAUAAUUAAAUAUAGAUACGUCAAGAUACAUUGUGUGCAUAAGUAUAUAGAACACUGAUAAAAAAACGAGUCAGCUAAUUUGACAAUUAGCUGACAAAAAGUUGACCCGUUUUUGAGGCUCGAUGCUCUAUCUAUAUAAUGUAAGAAUAUCAAUAUGCUGAGGAAAAAAAAUUAUUGGUAAAAUUAGGUAUACUACAGCUGUUUUUUUUUACAAAAGAAUUUAUAAUUUAUGCUAACUUGUUGUAAUAUGUAAUAUAAGAUCAUGGGUGAAUAUUUGUCAUACUUCUAGGAUCAUAUAUCUAUGAUAAUAUAUAAUAUUGACUUACAUUGUGAUCCUUAAGAUAUGAUCAUAUCGGCAUUAUCUUAUAUGACAGUAGAAUAAAUAUAGAAGCAGUCUUUGGAUUACGGUGACCGUUCACCAUCAGGCGGGCCGUAUGCUUCACUCCACCAUCGUGUGAGAACUGCCAUAUAAAGUUGUCGACAGACAAGCAUUUAAUCCAAAUGGUUGGUGCAAAAAGAUCUCCAGUCGCUAAAAUAUAUAAUAGUUCGUUUCAUUUCAUUUGACUUUAAUUUAUUUAUUAAUCGACAUAUCAUUGAGUUUGACAGCUUUAGUGAUUCGUGAGGCAGAAGUAAACGAAAUUGAUGUUCAUAGCGACAAAAUAAUGGUUAUAUUAUUAAAAUUAUUAGUUCUAACACUACUGGCAGUAACGAGAAAUGCUCAAACGAGUCAUGAGUUUAUUUUAAUAAGAACUAAAACUAUAAUAAAUUAUUGAAAUAUCUGUUAGUAAUAGAAAUCACCUUAAAUAUAUUAUGAAUUAAUAUUUUUAAUUGUUUAUAAAUUGUCAUUUAUAGUCAUUUCUCCAUCUUGCCAUUUUUUUUAUGACUUUAAAUCAUCUUGUGCCAUUACCAUUUAGAUGUAAUACAUAUUAUUUAUAUAAAUAAGUUAUUUUCAUAAGCUGCGUUCAGACUGCCUGCAAUAGAAAUGAUAAAUUUAAUUAUUAAAUAAAAUAUAAAGGCAAAUUUACAUGGAGUCAGUUGAAAAUGUCAGUGGGACAUUAGCUUCAAAUUCAAAAUUUCCACUCAGUUUCCCUUAUCUUCUAUAAGGGAAACUGAGUGGAAAUUUUGUGCAGGAACAAAAAAUGGGAUCGAUUCUGAGACGUCAAUCUCUAAAAGUGUUUCUAAAAUUAAUAUUUUACUUCAAAAAACUAUUUUUACGGUUUCACAAAAGUACUAUCAUAAACUAUUUUACUUUUGAUAUAAACAACAACCGAUGGCGACGAAAAAUUCUUGAGUGGCGACCCCGUACGAGCAAACUCAGUGCCUACAUUGAGGGCCCUAGCCCUCUCUCCCCUACUCACACACACACACACACACACACACUGAAUGGAGUUACAACCUCAAAAGCAUCACAGAAUGGAUUCAAGUGGCUCAGGAUCGUCCCUUAUGACGUUCUAUAGGGGAAGCCUACGUUUAACAGUAGACAGAUAAUAUCUGUGAUGAUGAUGAUGAAACUAUUUUGACUUACAUCUAUUAGAAGUUUAAUUCGUAUUCAUCUUUAAUUUAAAAUUUGAUAUCUCAAAUUGAAAUUUUAAUUUCAGAGAUAGGUUUAAAGAAUGGUGCCCCAGAAUCGACCUCAGUGGCCCUCAUCUGUCUAGAUCAUAAUGAAACGUUGGUAACUGACUGAAUUUAUAUAUGCCUUGCUACUUAUUGUACAUUUUAAAUUAUUAUUUCACUCGUAUAAUUUAAAUAUUUUAUGAAAUUACAUAAAAUAAAAAUAUUUCGCGUUGACAAUCAUGUAAAUAAAUUUUACGCGAUAGGUCUCGCCGCUGGAGCGCUCGCAGUCUGAACGCAGCUUUACGCAUGUUUAUUAUACUCAUUUAAUGUUUACAUAUUUUAGAUAACUUUACGAUUUUUACGAUCUGACUGAGUACCGUCUUUGUAUUAAAAAAAAAAGUUGUUUGUACUUAAAAAUGUUUUGUCGAUGUCUUCAACAUACCUUGACUGCGGUAUACGAAAAUGAAUAAAUUGUAAAAUUUUAA